UAUAAUUUUUGUUGACGUCUUCCUAACACACGUAGGGCCUAAGUUAAGAGAGAAAAAGAGGGGAAAACAGUUGGAAACAAAUAUAGCGAGAAAAUAGAAUAAAUCAAGAUUUUCAUCAUGAAAUGUGACUUGUGGAUUAUUUACUCAGCUAUAACUGGUUUUGCAAUUAUCGAAUAUGGACAUUUGGUUGAAGCUGGUAAAGACUACUACAAAAUCCUUGGCGUUGAAAGGGAUGCAACCGACAGGAAAAUUAAAAAGGCAUUUAGGAAAUUGGCAGUAAAAUACCACCCUGACAAAAACAAAAGCAAAGGUGCCGAAGCUAAAUUCCGUGAAAUUGCAGAAGCAUACGAGGUCCUAUCAGACGAGAAAAAGAGAAAACAAUAUGAUCGAUUUGGAGAAGAAGGAAUGAAAGAACAACCUGGAUUUGAAGGAUUUAAUUUCAAUUUUGAUGACCUUUUCAAAAAUUUUGGUGGAUUUGGAAAUAGUGGAGGUCAAAAAAGAAGGUCAAAUGGUGGUGGAUUCAAGUUUAGUUUUGAUGAUAUAUUUAGCCAACAUGAUGAUGAUGAUGAUGAGGACAGCUUAUUUGGUACUGCACACCAUGGUUUUGGGGGCCAUGGGUUUGGGGGUCAUGGGUUUGGAGAUGACCUUUUCUCUUUUGGCUCAAAACAAGAGACAUUUACCAAAACUGAAACUCGGUCAUCAGGACAAACAUGUCGAACUGUCACAAAGAAAAUGGGGAACAUGGUAACAACUUAUACACAAUGCUCCUAACAGUUUUUCAUAACUUGGAGUUAAUAUGCUGUUAUAUAGUAUAAGGGCAAAAAUACCUUGUACUGUUGCCGUUAGGUACACGCUUUUUUAUAAGGAACCUACCUCAAGGCCUAGUUUCAAAAGUUCCUUUUUGUAGACCUCAAAUUAUCAAAUUGUAGUACCAAAAGUUCCUUAAUAGUUCCUUAAUUUGUUUUGACUAAAAAAACCUUUACACUCAAUAGGGAGGGGCGAGACAGCAAAUACGAAAACUACUCAAUGCACUUGACACACAAAUUGCAAACAAUCUAUGUGACUAUUGGCUGCAAAUGAAUGGAAAUGGCUUUUUAGUUCUUAAUGCUUGCAGUUAUAAAAAUUAUUCAAAUCGAAAAGUUCCUUAGGGAUUUCAAUUUUAGUAGUAUAAGUUCUUUAAAUAUUUUGGCCUUCUACAUAUAGGUUCCUUAUAAAAAAAGCAUGUAAAUGAAUAUUGAUUCAAAGUCUUUCAGUGUAAUCUUAAAGCCAAGUCAAAACCAAAUCUGAAGUUAGCAUUCAGCAAGUGAAGUCUUUUUCAUAGCAGCUGAAAACCCUGCUGAAAUGAGGGCUUCGAAUCCUGUCAUGAUAUUGUAUUUCAAGUAUGACCAAAAAAUCUCUUAAAAUUAGGUUUUGUUUGAUUGAGCUUGUUUGAACUGUUGGAUAGUGCCCUAGCCAGCAAAAAAUUACAGUAGUAACAGUCCUUUGCCUUUACAUACAUUGAAACCUUUGAAUCAGAAUUACUGUGAAUCUAUACAGCCCUAGCUGAAAUGUGUCAUCUGUUUUAUUGUACCAUUUCAUUUAUUUAAAAGUUGAUAAUGUGCAGAAA